AUGAAAAACUCCAAUACGAAAAAGGUGUCAAAGAUUCCUCUAACACUGGAUGUUAUGGAAUUAAGUAAGCACUUUACUGAAAAGCAACAACAGGAUGUGCUUGACCUUCAUAGGCUUUGCUUGAGCACACCUCCAGGUCGAAUUCGUGGACCUCGCACGAGGAAGGUGGAUCCUAAGCAUAUUCCCCGACCUGUCAACUGUUUUAUGAUAUACCGGAAGGAGAAGCAGGAACUCAUUAGAAGAUUUUGUCCUACUGCUAAUCAUCGCAAAAUAUCAAAAAUUAUUGCUGAAUGGUGGGCUCAAGAACAGCCUCAUAAAAAAGCAACGUAUAUUACAGAAGCUGAUAAAGCCAAAAAAGAACAUGCGCAAAUGUACCCAGACUAUACUUUCCGUCCCAAAGCUAGGAAGGCGAAAAAAGUGUUGGAACGAAAGAAUCAGAUUUUACAAUCAGCAAAUUCUGAAUUUGCUUUGAGUGACGAUUGGCCGUUGUUUAAAUCAGAGGAUAAUCCAAACGGUCUACAAGCAGUGAAUUAUACGCAGUUUGUCUCUCCAGACAUGGAUUCACUUCUAAUUGACAACCCAAGCUUGAAUAUUCUCCAACAAUUUGCAGUGACAGGUCGUAGUGAUCCGGCCAACUAUUCAGCAUCUGUUGAUAUGGCUACCGUUGCGGGUUUUAUGAAUAGCUCACAAUCACAACAAAGUAGCUACGUUGCACCCUCUUACUCUAGUGUGUCUAUGAACGUACUCGAUCAUCAACAGUUACAGCCACACAAUCUGGCCUCAUUUUAUGGCGAUAACGCUCGAUUUAUUGAUCCUGUCUUGAUCGACUCAACAGCCCCGCUAGGAAACGGCCCCCCUCAACACGGCAAUGGAAGUUACGCAUACCAUUUACUGGAUGCCGCCGAUAAUGAAAAUAAUUAUCUACUGAAUGGAUAUUUAGGCAGCCUUUCCACAAGCACAAGUUCUUCCAGUCAACCCAGUGCCUCCAACUCCUCUCCUUUUCAAGCAGCCGCAGAAGCCGAACUUACACCUGGUCUAGAGAGUUUCCCGACUCCAGCUAUACAGCCUGCCAGCGAUGCACUGACGUUGCAAAAUACACCUGUAUUAAUGAACCAUUCUAUGGCACUGCUUGACGAACUAUGGGCACCGAGAACCUUCAAAUCAGUAGCAAGAUUACAAUCGGACCUCAAUAAUGAUACAGGCAGUCUUAACUAUUCGUCACCGCUUACCAAUAAUACCAGUGCGUCCUUUGAAUACUUUACCAAUCUUUACCAGAGAAUCCAGCCUCCUAAUUGA